UCCCGCAGCCCCGACCCGCGUGCGCCAUCCCUGGACCGCGGCUCGCAGAGGUCGGAUCCUGCUCUCCUGCUGCGCCCGCGAGGUGCCUUUGACCUGCUCUGCUGCCAUGAAGAUUGCAGUGAUUGGGCAGAGCUUAUUUGGCCAGGAAGUUUACUGCCACCUGAGGAAGGAGGGUCACGAGGUGGUGGGUGUGUUCACCGUCCCAGACAAGGAUGGGAAGGCGGACCCUCUGGGCCUGGAGGCUGAGAAGGAUGGAGUACCUGUGUUCAAGUUCCCCCGGUGGAGGGCAAGAGGACAGGCUCUGCCCGACGUGGUAUCCAAAUACCAGGCUUUGGGUGCCGAACUGAACGUCCUGCCCUUCUGCAGCCAGUUCAUCCCCAUGGAGAUCAUCAAUGCCCCCCGACACGGUUCCAUCAUCUACCACCCAUCUCUGCUCCCCAGGCACAGAGGGGCUUCAGCCAUCAACUGGACCCUCAUUCACGGAGAUAAGAAAGGAGGCUUUACCAUCUUCUGGGCUGAUGAUGGUCUGGACACUGGGGACCUUUUGCUGCAGAAGGAAUGUGAGGUGCUCCCCGAUGACACCGUGAGCACCUUGUACAACCGCUUCCUCUUCCCGGAAGGCAUCAAAGGGAUGGUGCAGGCCGUGAGGCUGAUCUCCGAGGGCAAAGCCCCCCGACUCCCUCAGCCUGAGGAAGGAGCCACCUAUGAGGGCAUUCAGAAGAAGAAACGAGCUGAGAUUAACUGGGCCCAACCUGCAGAAGCCAUUCACAACUGGAUCCGUGGAAAUGACAAGGUGCCAGGUGCCUGGACAGAGGCCUGUGGACAGAAGCUGACAUUUUUCAACUCGACACUGAACACUUCAGGCCUGGUGCCUGAGGGAGAAGCUUUGCCCAUCCCAGAAGCCCAUCGGCCAGGCGUGGUCACCAAAGCAGGUCUCAUCCUCUUUGGCAAUGAUGACAGAAUGCUGCUGGUGAAGAACAUUCAGCUGGAGGAUGGCAAGAUGGUUCCAGCCUCUCACUUCUUCAGGGGAGCAGACAGCAGUGCCCUGGAGCUGACGGAGGCAGAGCUGGCUACUGCGGAGGCUGUGCGGAGUGCUUGGCAGCGAAUCCUCCCCAAUGUGCUGGAGGUUGAAGACUCUACGGAUUUCUUCAAGUCGGGGGCUGCAUCAGUGGACGUUGUGAGACUGGUGGAAGAAGUGAAGGAGCUGUGUGAUGGCCUGGAGUUAGAAAACGAAGAUGUUUACAUGGCCACCACCUUUGGGGACUUCAUCCAACUCCUAGUGAGGAAGCUGCGAGGGGAGGAUGAAGAGAACGAGUGCAUCAUUGACUACGUGGAAAGGGCUGUGAACAAGCUGACUCUCAGAAUGCCCCACCAGCUCUUCAUUGGGGGCAUGUUCGUGGAUGCUGAGGGCGCCAAGACCUAUGAUACCAUCAACCCCACAGAUGGAAGUGUCAUCUGCCAGGUGUCCCUGGCCCAGGUCAGUGAUGUUGACAAGGCAGUGGCUGCUGCAAAGGAUGCCUUUGAAAACGGGUUGUGGGGGAAGAUCAGUGCGCGGGACCGGGGCCGGCUCCUGUACAGGUUGGCGGAUCUCAUGGAGCAGCACCAGGAAGAGCUCGCAACCAUCGAGGCCCUGGAUGCUGGUGCUGUCUACACCCUGGCCCUGAAGACCCAUGUGGGCAUGUCUAUCCAGACCUUCCGCUACUUUGCUGGCUGGUGUGACAAGAUCCAGGGCUCAACCAUUCCCAUCAACCAUGCCAGACCCAAUCGCAACCUGACCUUGACCAGGAAAGAGCCUGUUGGGGUCUGUGGCAUUGUCAUCCCCUGGAACUACCCUCUCAUGAUGCUGUCCUGGAAGACAGCCGCCUGCCUGGCUGCAGGGAACACGGUGGUGAUCAAGCCUGCCCAGGUGACCCCACUCACAGCCUUGAAGUUUGCAGAGCUGACAUUGAAGGCCGGCAUUCCCAAGGGUGUGGUCAACAUCCUCCCAGGAUCUGGCUCGCUGGUCGGCCAGAGACUCUCAGAUCAUCCCGAUGUGCGGAAAAUUGGGUUCACAGGCUCCACAGAGGUGGGAAAGCACAUCAUGAAGAGCUGCGCCCUGAGCAAUGUGAAGAAGGUCUCCCUGGAGCUUGGCGGGAAGUCGCCUCUUAUCAUCUUUGCUGACUGCGACCUCAGCAAGGCUGUGCAGAUGGGGAUGAGCUCCGUUUUCUUCAACAAAGGGGAGAACUGCAUCGCAGCAGGACGCCUCUUCGUGGAAGACUCAAUCCAUGACGAAUUUGUGCGGAAGGUGGUGGAGGAGGUGGGGAAGAUGAAGAUCGGCAACCCCCUUGACAGGGGCACCAACCAUGGGCCGCAGAACCACCAGGCCCACCUGAGGAAGCUGGUGGAGUACUGCCAGCGUGGAGUGGAGGAAGGGGCCACGCUGGUCUGUGGUGGGAAGCAAGUCCCUCGGCCAGGCUUCUUCUUUGAGCCAACUGUCUUCACGGACGUGGAGGACCACAUGUUCGUAGCCAAGGAGGAAUCCUUUGGGCCCAUCAUGAUCAUCUCUCGGUUUGCUGACGGGGACACGGAUGCUGUGCUGUCACGAGCCAAUGCCACAGAAUUUGGCCUGGCCUCUGGUGUUUUCACGCGGGACAUCAGCAAGGCCCUGUAUGUCAGUGACAAGCUCCAGGCAGGCACUGUGUUUGUCAACACAUACAACAAGACUGACGUGGCUGCUCCCUUUGGAGGAUUCAAGCAAUCUGGAUUUGGCAAAGACCUAGGAGAGGCAGCCCUGAAUGAGUACCUGCGGGUCAAGACGGUAACUUUCGAGUACUGAAUCAAGGUCUCUGCAAGAGGAAAGACCCCAUCCCCACAGUGCCCCUUCUUCUGCACCCAUGUGCCUUCCCUUGGAGGCCUGACCACUCAGCCUGGGACACUGGAAGCCCUCUGCCUGCUCCCCUGUCUGUGUUGGGAACUCUGAACAUGUGACACUUGGCUGAGUAGGGAGUGGUCCACAGGACAAUAAAGGUUGUGAGCAGAGGUGGUCUGGGCUGUGGGUCUCCACUCUGUCUGUGGGUGUCCUGGGUGCCUGGAAGUCUGUAGUCCCUGGAGUCCUGGGAACAGCAAUGUUGCUUGACCUUGGGAGAAGCCAGACUGUCCUGGAGAGACAGAAGUAAAUGUGUGUGGUUAGCUCAGGACUCCACAGGCAGUGGCUGAGAGGGAGCUAGGGAUGCAAGAGGUCUGCAGAAGGGACCCCUGGGAAACACAUGGAAGGAGUAGGACUGGGGGAGAACCCUGAGUAGUGAUGCAGCUUGGUUUCCUCAGCAAAGAUUCAUGGCCCUUUCCCUGGGCAGCACUGCUGUCUUUUGCCCUAUCUUGUACCUUCUGAUCUCUCCUAAGCCCAGGGCUCCCCCUGUAGGGCUUCUGUCUUUCCUGUGUCCUUGCCCUAUGGGAGCCAGGGCCCUCUCCUCAGCACCCUCAUUCUGUAGAUCCCACACACACACCUACAACCCAGUAGACCUGCUCUUGCCUCAGUUUCCCCCACGUGCUCACUCUCUUUUUGGCAUCCCUGUCCCCACCACCACCUGGCUCUGCCUGAGUCCCAAAGUGCCCCACUCACCAUUUCCUCCACCAAGUCCCUUCUAUCCCAGUACAGACUGGGAGUAUCCCAGGUCAGCCUAUGCUUGUCCGGGAGCACCUUAUGCCCUUCCCGUGUCAACACUGCUCUUUCUGAGCUUGCAAAGCCCCAGUCUCCUUAAAGGUCUCUACCUGCCUGACCUUCCUCUCUAUCCUUGCCUUCCACUAAGUGUAGUUGUGAACUGUGAUGACACUGUGGUUGAUGGGACCAUACACACAGUGGUGGUCCUGUAGGAUGUCAGUGCAGCCACCUAGUAACACGGGGAGAUGUAAUGUUGCACGGCACACUGAGGUGUUUUGGGGAUGCUG